AUAUUCUUUUGAAAUCAUAGAUUUUCAGAUUCUAAAUUCCAAAUAUUAAGAUGAGUGGACUAGUUUGGGCAGUUAAAAAUGGAGAUAUGGAUCAAGUGAAACGUUUAGUUGAAGAACAGGGGGAACAGAUUAAUUCACCCAUAGAGGGUCGUCUUCCACUCCAUUACGCCAGUGAUUACGGUCAGCUUGAAGUCCUGAAAUAUCUCUGCGAGAAGGGUGCUGAUGUGAAUGCUGCAGAUAAGCACGGUAUAACUCCGAUACUUGCAGCAAUAUGGGAGGGUCAUGUGGCCUGCGUCCGUUUUCUUCUGGACAAGGGUGCAGACAAGACUGGAAAAUGUCCCGAUGGAACCAGUUAUCUUGAAGCUGCAGAAAAGGACGAAAUUAAGGCCAUUCUUAAGUGAAAUUCAGGCUGUACCAGCUUUAAAUAUAAUGCAUAGAAAAAUUUUAUGAUUAGAAUAAAUGUAUUUAAUAAGUAUUUGCUUUCUUCCAAAAAUAUUAACCAAGUAAUCCAAUUCUUCCUUAACAUAACUUAAUUGUAUAUUUGAUAGUAAUUAUAAAUAGUUUAUUCUUAGCAGAUUUCAAACUGAACUCUUUGCAUAAUAAAAUACUUUUAGUUACUUUUUAAUAACUUUUUGAUCAAAUGUGAUAAAUACCCUUUGCUUGUUACAAGCUUAUUUCUUCAGAAUAUCACGAAUCCGUUUAACGUAGGGAUUUUCAAAUAUAAUCCCAAAUCUCCUGGUAAUGAAUACCUUACUAAAUUUCA